AACCUGCGACACUCAAACCGAAUUCUGACUCGCUUCGUGCUUACGAUAAAACCGGCCAACCAUUUGCAACAAUGUGCUUCGAAGGUGCUUUUUGCCUCCAUGCCGCAUCAUCAUCUGCUGAGGUGCGGCCAUACGAUCAUGACCAGGACGGUGGGAGUGUGUGGGCGGAACUGUCAGCAGUCGGUCAUUGUUGAUGGCAGAGAGCACUGUUUCAAUGCUCCGUUCGCGUGCAGAGAGCCAUCUUGCAUGGCACGGCGUUGUGGAAGCUUCCCAGGACUCAGUAUCCCAAACAACAGAAGACAUGUUGAGCGACCAAGGCCGAGUCAGCCCGGACACGUCUACGGUCACGAUGCGGUAGCAGACGCAAAGCAGCAAGCCGUGAAGCAGAGUGAUACGCUCGCGUCUCUCGGUGACUUUGGUCUGGAAGACAGCAGCCGAAUGUCGGUACUCAAUCUAGGAGAAAGCUGCGCCGUCGCAGUCGGUCGCUAACAGCCAUCGAAGAGCAAAAAUACCUCGGCCGCUUUUCCGUCAAGCAAGAGUCACGCGAUGAGGCCGUGACCGAAUUAUAACGGCAGCUGCUGGCGCACCGGGAGCACACGAAGGCAGCUGAGUUGUUUCAACGCGAGCAGCGCAUCCUCGCAAUCGACGGCACGGACAAGCUGCUCGGGACUGGCAAGCCGAGGAAUGACCGCGUCCGCCAGCUUCAGCAGGCCGCAGACGAGCCCAAGCGACCUGCCUCUAAGCUACCUACC